GUGGCCCUAGGCGCCCAGGAGGGGUGGCAGUGGCCAUUGGUGGAGAGGAGGGCGGGGCGGGGUCGCUCGGAGCGGCAACCCUAGGCGGGUCCUGGGGAGGUGAGCAGCUGGCCUGGGAGGCACUGCUCGUGCAGCAGCGAUCCAGCUUGCUGCAGUGAUCCGGCUGGGCCCUGGGAAGCAGAGUGUGCAGUAGGGACCCGGCUUGGCCAUGGCAGCGGCGCCUCUGAAAGUGUGCAUCGUGGGCUCCGGGAACUGGGGAUCAGCUGUUGCAAAAAUCAUUGGAAAUAAUGUAAAGAACCUGCAGAAGUUUGCAUCCACAGUCAAGAUGUGGGUCUUCGAAGAGACCGUUAACGGGAGGAAGCUGACCGACAUCAUCAACAAUGACCACGAAAAUGUGAAAUAUCUCCCCGGACACAAGCUGCCAGAAAAUGUGGUUGCUGUCCCAAAUCUCAGCGAGGCUGUGCAGGAUGCAGACCUGCUGGUGUUCGUCAUCCCUCACCAGUUCAUUCACAAGAUCUGCGAUGAGAUCACGGGCAGGGUGCCCAAGAAGGCCCUAGGCAUCACACUCAUCAAGGGCAUAGAUGAGGGCCCUGAAGGGCUGAAGCUCAUCUCCGACAUCAUCAGAGAGAAGAUGGGCAUUGACAUCAGUGUGCUGAUGGGGGCCAACAUCGCCAGUGAGGUGGCUGCGGAGAAGUUCUGCGAGACCACCAUUGGUAGCAAAGUGAUGCAGAACGGCCUCCUGUUCAAAGAGCUGCUGCAGACACCCAACUUCCGAAUCACUGUGGUAGAUGAUGCGGACACUGUGGAGCUUUGUGGUGCUCUAAAGAACAUUGUUGCUGUGGGAGCUGGCUUCUGCGAUGGUCUCCGCUGUGGGGACAACACCAAGGCAGCAGUCAUCCGCCUGGGACUCAUGGAAAUGAUCGCUUUCGCUAAGAUCUUUUGUAAGGGCCAGGUGUCCACGGCCACCUUCCUGGAGAGCUGCGGGGUAGCUGACCUCAUCACCACCUGCUAUGGCGGGCGGAACCGCAAGGUGGCAGAGGCUUUUGCCAGGACUGGAAAGACCAUCGAAGAGCUGGAGAAGGAGAUGCUGAAUGGGCAGAAGCUCCAGGGACCUCAGACCUCUGCCGAGGUCUACCGCAUCCUCAAGCAGAAGGGGCUGCUGGGCAAGUUUCCACUCUUCACAGCCGUGUAUCAGAUCUGCUAUGAAGGCAGGCCUGUCACAGAGAUGCUGUCCUGCCUGCAAAGCCACCCAGAGCACAUCUGAAAGGAAUCAGGCAGCCAGCAGGGAACAGCCUUGCCUGUUGUGGGGUCACCCAGAAAACCAGAGCUUGGCAGUGAGAUCCCUGCUGAACUGUACUCUGACCCUGAACACACACAGAUUGCUACAGCUUUGAUCCUCUGCUGAGAGAGCCACUUCACUGGCUAAGAUGGAGAGAGAGAGAGAGAGAGAGAGAGAGAGAGAGAGAGAGA